ACGGUGGGUCAUACACUGAGUACAUCUACACGGGCGACAUCCCAGAGAUGAGUGUUGUGCAGCCGUCUACCGAGGCUCUUGUGUUUGGUGCCAAUGUCUCCAUCACUCGCCUCAUGGAACAGUUCGCCAGUGCCAGUGCCUCCCUGGCAGGGUUCAGCUAUGUCAGCCAGCUGGCAGAGACCUGGAAGUACCUUGCCAACACCUCCGUCAGGAAUCUGGGCAGCUGGGCAGGAAACCUUGCCACCAAAGUGAAUCACCCUGAUUUCCCAUCUGACCUCUUUGUGGGUUUGCUGGCCGCCGGUGCCACCGUCACAACAGUGAGCACCGACGGCAGCAGCAGCCAGCACACCCUGGAGCAGCUGCUGGCGCUGGACCUGGUGGGCAGCCGUCAGGUCAUCCUGGAGCUGCGUCUGCCGCCGCUGGGUGAUGAUGUUAUCUUCAGGACCAUCAAGGUGCGGCCAAGGACCACCACUGCCCUGGCUGACGUCACUGCCGGCUUCAAGCUGAGAGUAGACACAGCUGCUGCUCACACCGUGCUGGACACGCCCGUCAUUGUUUACGGCGGCAUCAGUCCAACCUUUGUUCGGGCCACAGCCACGGAGGCGGCCCUGGCAGGGAAGAGCCUGGAGGACGAGGCUGUGCUGCAGGAGGCCCUGGCAGCGUUGGCCUCCGAGGUUGUGCCUGACAGCCAGCCGGCUGGGACCACACCAGAGUACAAGGUGUCCCUCACCCAGACACUGCUGUACAGGACGGUGCUGGGCAUCCUCGGUGACACGGCCAGCAGUGCAGUGCUGAGUGGCGGCAGCGACCUGCAGCGCCCCGUGUCCAGUGCACAGCAGAUCUUCCCACCGAACGCAGACACAUGGCCCGUGGGAGAACCCGUGCCCAAGAUUGAGGCACCCAUCCAGUGCAGUGGCGAGGCAGAGUACACCCAACAGUUCCCUGCCCUGCCCGGAGAGCUCUAUGGCCUCUUUGUCACCUCCACACAGGCCAACGCACACAUUGCCUCCAUCGAUGCCUCGGCUGCCCUGGCCAUCUCAGGGGUUGUGGCCUUCGUGAGUGCUGUCGACAUUCCCGGCGUCAACAACCUCCUGUCCUUUGCUGCUUUCUCUGGGCCUGAUACCACUCAACCUGUGUUUGCCAGUGACCGCGUCGGCUACUAUGGCCAGCCGCUGGGCCUGAUUGUGGCUACCGGCCGAAGUGCAGCAUAUGCUGGCAGGGCGGCCGUGCAAGUCACCUACGAUGACAUCCAGCCCCCCGUCCUGACCGUCCAAGAGGCGCUCGCCCAGCCUCUCCCACCCAACCAGUACUCUCCAGUUGUUGUGGGUGACGUGGCAGCUGGGUUUGCUGCCUCCACCCACAUCAUUGAGGGAGCCAUGGAGAGGGGCGGACAGUUCCACUUCCACAUGGAGACUCAGGUGACAGUGGUGAACCCGACCGACAUCGGCUUUGAUGUGCACAGCUCCAGCCAGUGGUUGUCGGAGACCCAGCAAGCCAUCGCCCAGGUGCUGGGCAUCCCAGACAACAAGGUGAAUGUGUCCUGCAAGCGCCUGGGUGGAGCCUUUGGGGCCAAGAUUGACCAGUGUAACAUUGUGUCUACGGCUGCCGCUGUGGCCGCCUACAAGACACGCCAGCCGGUGCGCCUCCAGCUGAGCCUGAGUGACAACAUGACCAUCAUUGGCGGCAGGGAACCUUACUUCUGCACAUACAAGGUCGGGGUUGAUGAUGCUGGGGUGCUGCAGGCCAUCCAGGCGACCCUGACCGCAGACUCUGGCUACCUGGGUGUGGAUGUGAGCAGUCCUGGGGCGGUGGUCACCCUGCCCUCCUGCUAUGCCUGCCCCAACUGGGAGCUCACACCCCAGUAUGUCCUCACCAACACCCCGAUCACCACCUGGUGCCGCACCCCUGGCACAGUGGAGGGCAUCACCUUUAUGGAGAACAUGAUGGACCACGUGGCGGCACAGCUGGGCCUCGACCCGCUGGAGGUGCGGCAGAAAAAUCUCAUGCCCGAUGGCAGCACAAGGCACAUCAACAAGCAGGUCAUCCAAAUCCGCUCCCGCAUGGCUAUCAAAGACCUGGAGGAUGUGCCAGAAAAGGUGACCAUUCCCAGGAACCUCAUCUCAGACAUGAUCACCCAGUUACUGACCACUGCGGAGGUGGAGCAGCGCAGUGCAGAGGUGGCUCAGUUCAACCAGGACAACUUGUGGAAGAAGCGCGGCCUGCAUGUGACGCCAAUGCUGUGGCCGUACAUGGUGAGCCCAGUGUACCCCUUCAGUGUGCUAGUCACCCUCAGCGCUCGGGACGGCUCCGUAACCAUCACUCACGGCGGGGCGGAGAUGGGCCAGGGACUCAACACCAAGGUGGCGCAGGUGGCGGCCUACGAGCUUGGCAUCCCUCUGAACACCAUCAACUUCCUGCCGUCCAACACGCACAGCAACGCCAACAGUUCCGUCACUGGCGGCUCCCUCGGCUCGGACAUCUGCUCUUACUGCGUCGGGGAGGCGUGCAAGAUGAUCAAGGCUCGUCUGGACGCCUACCAGAUAGAGGCCGGCCUGGUGGACCCCACGUGGCAGAAGCUGGUCUCUGACGCUUACUUCAGUGGCGUUGACAUCUCCGAGCGAUAUGUGAAUGGCAGCGGUGAGGUGGAGAGCUACGCGGUGUUUGGCGUGGCCUGCUCUGAGGUGGAGCUGGACGUCCUCACGGGGCAGUUCCUGGUGAAGCGCACUGACAUCCUGGAGGACGCCGGCCGUGCCCUCAGUCCCCUGGUGGACAUCGGGCAGAUCGAGGGAGCCUUUGUGAUGGGGCAGGGACUCUUCACCACCGAGAAGGUUGUCUUUGAUGCCACCAGCGGCAAGAGGCUGACUGACAGUGUGUGGACCUACCACCUCCCCUAUGCCCUAGACAUCCCGGCAGACUUCCGCGUGACUCUCCUUCAGGAUGCUCCCAACCCUGUCGGCGUGCAGUCCUCCAAGGUGACAUCUGAGCCGCCGCUGUGCCUGUCCUACUCAGUUCUAGCAGCGCUGCGUCAGGCCGUGACCAGCGCCAGGCAGGACGCAGGCACCACCGGCUGGUUCCAGAUGGACACUCCAAUGACCACCGAGAGCCUGCAGCAGCUGUGUCUUGUGGAUGCUGCUCGCCUCACCCUUGCCUAACACCCUCCUCCACCCCUGCAUGCAUCGGAGGCUGUGAGAAAGGAAGAGCUGUGCAGGAGAUGGGUUAUGCAUGCAAGAGUGGGAGAUGCAGACUGGAUUGGGAAAUGGUAAAACAAAAAAAAGGAAGAACUGCACAUGAAAUGGGUUAUGUAUGUAACAGUGGGAGUGCAAACUGGAUUAGGAAAUGGUAAAACAGGAGAAGGUUUUGCAUGUGAGAGAGGAAAGUGCAGACUGGAAUAGGAAAUAGUAGAACAGAGAAAGAAAGAGCUGUGCAUGAGACGGGUUAUGCAUGUGAGAAUUGGAAAUACAGACUGGAUUAGGAAAUGGUGAAACAGGAGAAGGUUAUCCAUGUGAGAGAGGAAAGUGCAGACUGGAUUAGAAAAUGUUAAAGCAGAG